AUGCAGAUUCCGGUUAAAAAGAAAGAUAAGGGUUAUGUCACCAUUCCAUGCACCAUUGGAGAUAUAUCAUUCAAGAAGGCACUUAUUGAUUUAGGAGCUAGUGUGAUUCGUAUGCCUUUAUCCAUUUACAGGAAGUUGGGAAUAGGAACGGUUGAUGACAUCGAGAUGACACUCCAGUUUGCAAAUCACCUAGUGAAAAGACCUUAUGGUGUAGUUGAAGAUGUCCUGGUUAAGAUAGAUAAAUUUGUGUUCCCUGUUGAUUUUGUGAUUCUUGAGAUGCCUGAAGAUGAAGAGAUCCAUUUGAUUAUGGGGAGAUAUUUCCUAGAAAUAGGGAGUUGUAUGAUAGACAUUGAGGAAGGAACCAUGACCCUCAAAGUUUAUGAUGAAGAGCUAAAAAUUGAUUCGAGAAGUGCCAUGAAGCACAAAGAUGACUUAGAAUAA